AAAGAUAAAGACGCGGAACUGUCGUACCGUUGGCGACACUGUAGCAUCAACCAGCAGCCAUUGCAGAAGCCGAUUGUCGCCUGUCAGUUGGGGCGUCUCUACAGCAAGACAUCGGUCCUCGAGGGGCUGCUGGAUAGAACCACCCUACCUGAAACUGCCACUCACAUCAAGUCGUUGAAGUGUCAAAAACAGUACGAGGACGAAGACAUUGUUAUUUUGAAUGCGGCCAACGAAGACCUGGAUGUGAUGACUGAGAGAAUGGUGCUUAGACAGCAGGAAAUGAAGGCCGAGAAGAAGGCGAAGAAGGCUAAGGUGAAGAGUGAGUCUGGUGAAGGUGGCUCAGACACUCAGGCCUUGCAGAACGGUGGCAGUGAAGCCAAGAAUGGAGUGAAUGGCGCGUCGGCUUCUUGUGGUUCCAGCUCGAGCAAUGGACUUAGAAGUUCGGUUGCCUCAAGUAGCAAUGGUACUGGUAAACGACCAAUGACAACUGUUCGCAAAUUCCGAAUCCAGAAA